AAUUAGAUGAAACUUUACAGAAAAAAAACCAAAUGAACUCUAAGAAGCGUGGAGGAUACAAUGGCGGGGGAGGGACGAGUAGUCAGACUAAACGUCCUCGGCAGGAUGAGGACGAGGAUGCUCCGGGUACCUUUGAGCAGUACCUCGCUAAUAUGGAGGAUGAUGAUAUGGAUUAUGAAGAUGGUCCGGCUGGGCUUGAAGGACAGGGACCAGAGCAGGAAUCUACUUAUGACAGAUGGGCUCGACCUGCUUUACCUGAACUAGACCCUGCUAAGGAUAAACUUGUUUUUCAGCAAUUAGAGUUGGAUCAUUAUAUAGGGGACGCCAGGCGUGACAUGCCGGGGGCUAACGUCGGCCCUGCGCCGAUUAUGCGAGUGUUCGGCGUUACUGACGACGGAAACUCCAUCUGUUGUCAUAUCCACGGAUUUCAUCCGUACAUUUACGUUCCUGCUCCGGCCGGGUUCGAACCCCGCCACCUUCCCGGGUUCAGGAAAUCUUUGAACGCCGCCCUGGUUGCUGACAUCAAGAACAACUACCUAAACGUUGUCGACGCUGUGCUGAACGUGGACAUGGUUCAGAAGAGCACCAUUUACGGAUUCCAGGGAAACACAAUGAUCCCGUUUAUCAAGAUAACCCUCGCCAUCCCUAAACUAGUUGCUGCUUCUAAAAGACUCCUAGAGAAAGGCGAUAUUUCAAUCCCUGAAAUUGGUUGUGUUGUCAUCAAGGCAUUCGAGGCAAAUAUUGAUUUUGAGAUCAGGUUUAUGGCGGAUGCUCAUAUAGUCGGAUGUAACUGGUUGGAACUCCCCCCGGGAACCUGGAUGGCAAGGAAUAAACUGGACAAAGGAAAAAAUGGAUACACGUCCCGAGCCCAGCUAGAGGUAGAUGUUGCCUGGGAUAAACUGAUCUCCCAUAUACCGGAGGGGGAAUGGUCCAAGGUUGCCCCCCUUCGAAUCCUCUCCUUUGAUAUCGAGUGUGCCGGUCGGAAAGGGAUAUUCCCUGAACCGGAGAAGGAUCCAGUCAUCCAGAUCGCCAACAUGGUGAUCAGGCAGGGAGAGAGGGAACCCUUUAUCAGGAACGUGUUCACCCUGGGCUCAUGUGCACAGAUCGUUGGAUCGCACGUGAUCUCCUGUGAGAAGGAGUCAGAUCUCCUCGAUCAAUGGGCAAAGUUUAUCCGAGAAUGUGAUCCUGAUAUCCUAACCGGAUACAAUAUCAAUAACUUCGAUCUCCCGUAUCUUCUCAAGAGAGCAAAACAUCUUCAGGUUCACAAUUUUGAUUUCCUCGGAAGGGUGGCGAAUAAAAGAUCCGAAAUCAAAGAAACCGUCCUGCAGUCCAAACAGAUGGGUAGGAGGGAGAACAAAUCUGUAAAUAUUGACGGACGGGUCUCCUUUGAUCUUCUCCUUAUCCUGGUUCGUGAUUAUAAGCUCCGAUCCUACACAUUGAACGCCGUCUCCUUUCACUUCUUGAACGAGCAGAAGGAAGACGUGCAUCACUCUGUAAUAUCCGAUCUUCAACAUGGAAAUGCUCAAUCUCGGCGUCGCCUUGCGGUUUACUGCUUAAAAGAUGCCUAUCUACCCCUCAGACUAUUGGAUAAAUUGAUGUGUGUAAUCAACUAUAUGGAGAUGGCCAGGGUGACUGGUGUUCCGCUAUCCUACCUCCAGACGAGGGGACAGCAGAUCAAGGUUGUGUCCCAGCUGAUCAGGAAGGCUAUGGAGCAGGAUCUGGUGAUACCGACCUAUCAGUCCCAGGCGUCUGAGGAGAAUUAUGAAGGAGCAACGGUUAUAGAUCCAAUCAAAGGUUACUACAAUGUUCCUAUUGCAACCCUGGAUUUCUCCUCUCUGUACCCCUCUAUUAUGAUGGCACACAACCUCUGCUACACCUCUCUGAUUCAACCAGGCGCUAUUGCUAAGUAUAACCUGAGCCCGGAGCAGUAUAUCAAGACCCCGAGUGGGAAUAUGUUCGUAAAGAGUGACGUUAGGAAGGGGUUGCUCCCGGAGAUCCUUGAGUCCCUGCUCAGUGCCAGGAAGAAGGCUAAGGCAGAUCUGAAAAAUGAAACAGAUCCCUUCAAACAGAAGGUUCUUGAUGGUCGGCAGUUAGCAUUAAAGAUCAGUGCUAACUCUGUAUAUGGGUUUACUGGUGCCCAGGUGGGCAAACUACCUUGUCUUGAGAUAUCACAAUCCGUCACAGCGUUCGGUAGGAUGAUGAUAGAGCAUACUAAGACGGAGGUUGAGUCCAAGUAUACUGUAGAGAACGGAUACGAACAUGAUGCUAAGGUUAUAUACGGAGACACAGACUCUGUAAUGGUUAGGUUCGGAGUAUCUACUGUAGCAGAGGCCAUGAAGUUAGGAAGAGAGGCAGCUGUAACAGUGACUGAGAGUUUUAUUAAACCCAUUAAACUUGAGUUUGAAAAGGUUUAUUUCCCGUAUUUACUGAUCAAUAAGAAGAGGUAUGCCGGGUUAUAUUUCACAAGACCUGAAACCUACGACAAGGUGGAUUGUAAAGGCAUAGAGACCGUAAGAAGAGAUAACUGUCCUUUGGUCGCCAAGAUGAUGAACAAUUGCCUGCAGCAGAUCUUGAUCGAGAGGAACCCUGAUGGAGCCGUGGAGUACGUCAAGCAGACCAUCUCCGACCUCCUGUGUAACCGGGUGGAUAUAUCCCAAUUGGUGAUCACCAAGGAGUUGACCAAGUCUGACAAGGAGUACACAGCUAAGCAAGCCCACGUAGAACUAGCCGCGAAAAUGCGCAAGAGAGAUCCAGGAAAUGCGCCAAAACUCGGAGAUCGUGUUCCCUACGUCAUUAUAUCCGCAAGCAAAGGCACCCCGGCCUAUGCUAAAGCGGAAGACCCUAUUUACGUUCUAGAAAACAAUGUUUCAAUUGAUUUUCAACAUUAUCUAACUAACAUGUUAUCCAAACCUCUUCUCCGUCUGUUUGAACCUAUACUCGGAGAGAGUAAAGCUGAAUCCGUCCUGCUGAGAGGCGAACACACCAUGACAAAGACGGUUGUAACGAGUAAGGUAAGCGCACUUGCCGCGUUUACGAAGAAGAAGAUGACCUGCUUAGGUUGUAAGGUUCCCUUGGCUGUAGAAACAGAUGCUGUUUGUCCACAUUGUAAACCCAGGGAGUCUGAGAUAUAUCAGAAGCAUAUUGCGGAGACAGCGUCCCUAGAAGACAGAUUUUCUAAGCUAUGGACACAAUGCCAGCGUUGUCAGGGGAGUUUGCACGAGGAGGUCCUCUGCACGAGCAGGGACUGUCCCAUCUUCUACCUCAGGAAGAAGAUCCAGUUAGAUCUCGGCAACCACGAGAAGGUCGUUAAAAGAUUUGGACUUCCGGACUGGUGAAACGCCACUUCCGGUCUGGUGAAACAUUACUUCCGGUCUGGUGAAACACUACUUCCGGACUGGUGAAACAUCACUUCCGGUUUUAUAUAAAUUCAAGUUUCCAGAAAGUAUUUAAACCAUUUCAUCCGUUUCUGGAUUAUUUGUAGUUUAAAUUGACAUAAUUCAGAAUUUCUUUUCUCAAGUUUUUGAGUGCCUUUAAAUUCAAGUUUAUUACAAGAUUUGAAAGUAAGAUUGUUUUUAUCAAGAUCUGUAGGAGGGGGAUUUCAUGCCUUUAUGUACAUAUUGAACAAUGUACACAUUGUAUUCAAAUUAUUUCUUAUUUUACUCUGUACACUGCAGUGCAUAUACCAUUGAAAUUUAUUGUGAGUACAAAUUCAUUGAACCAGUGUAGAAUAAAAAGCACAAACGUAUGUAUUUUAUUUUCAUUUUCA